AAACAAAUCGAAGUUUUUAAACAAAAAAGUAGAAAAUGAGCAAUAGCGAGGACUCCCAGCAAUAUAUAACCGACAUGAUGGUCAAGGAAGAGGACGAGGCAUCGGGUGACGAAUCGGACAAACAGGAUAAUGGAAUUAUGCUGCGGGAACAGGACCGCUUCCUGCCCAUCUGCAAUAUUAUCAAAAUCAUGAAGGUACCCGUGCCGCAGAAUGGUAAAAUCGCGAAAGACGCACGGGAGUGCAUCCAAGAGUGCGUCUCCGAGUUCAUAUCCUUCAUCAGCAGCGAGGCCAUCGAGCGUAGUGUCGCGGAGAAUCGCAAGACGGUCAAUGGGGAUGAUUUGAUAGCGGCCUUUGGCAAUCUGGGCUUCGACAAUUAUGUGGAACCGCUGCAAAUAUACUUAAACAAGUACCGCGAGUCAAAUAAAGCGGAUCGGAAUCUGUUUAUGGACACGAACUUUGCCCAGAACGAGGAUGGUUCCACGACAAACGAGGGUGCAAAGCCGUAGCUUUUACAGUACUUUUUGUAACUAUAGUUAGUUUUUUUAUCCACAACAGGGUGUCAGGGGGGAAAACACAUACACAUAGGAUUGAUUCAAUUAUUCGGUUGCCACUUUUUGGUUGCAAUCACUCCCUUACGCCACCCCAUUCCCCUUCCACGGAGCGCAGAUCAUAGUCACAAGUCAAGUUUUACUUUACUACAUAGCUUAAAAGUUUCAUUUUUUGUCCACGAUAUAUAUGUAUAUAUAUAUAUUUAGAAAAACACCAAAUAUUUGUGUUGGGGUCGCCUACAGGUUUACACACAUACAUACAUACGAUACAUAUAUGCUCAAAGGUAUUACAUAGUAGUUUAUAUAUAUGUAUAUGGAAAUGACAACGCAAUCUUUCACAGAAUAAAAUGUGUGUGGUAUAUGUAUUAAAAUUAA